GAAUAAAGUUGUUUUUGAACAACAUGGCGGCGCCCAGUUAUCGGUGUGAGAGCCGUCUGGUCAGCCACUGAGAAAGAUGAACCGAGCAUGAUAUGGACUGGACGUAUAUUAAAAGUGUCUAAAUGCCUCGAGAUAUUUUUCGGGAUUGCCGUUAUUGUGCAUGAUGCUUAAAACCUGUCAGUUUGGACUGUAUUCUGUGGGACUGCUGAAGCAGGCAGGAUGCCUCCGUCCUUGGUUCCUCCAUGCCACACCUGCCAUCAGGACCGGGAUUCGGAGCUUGUUCAGCGAAAGUGGAGUGUGGGAGAGAGAUUACAGGGCAGACACCAGACGGAGGGUGGAGACAUGGUGGCAUCCACGCAUCCAGGAGCAAUGGCACAAAGACAUGAAGGAGCAGUGCACCCAGAAGAAGAAGUUUUACGUCCUCUCCAUGUUUCCUUACCCAUCUGGACGUCUGCACAUGGGCCAUGUGAGGGUCUACACCAUCAGUGACACCAUCGCUCACUUCCAGCGCAUGAAAGGUCAUCAGGUUCUGAACCCGAUGGGCUGGGAUGCUUUUGGCCUUCCUGCUGAGAAUGCUGCCAUCGAGCGUGGCCUCGACCCUGAACACUGGACGAAGAGUAACAUCCAGUCCAUGCGGGAGCAGCUGAACAGCCUGGGGCUGUGCUUUAAUUGGGAUAGGGAGGUCACUACUUGCUUGCCUGACUAUUACAAGUGGACGCAGUACUUGUUCGUCAAGCUUUAUGAAGCAGGAUUGGCCUAUCAGAAGGAGGCGCUGGUGAACUGGGACCCGGUGGAUCAGACAGUCUUGGCUGAUGAGCAGGUGGAUGAAAACGGCUGCUCGUGGCGGUCUGGUGCCCGUGUGGAGCAGAAGCUCCUCAGGCAGUGGUUUAUCAAAACUACCAACUAUGCUAAGCCUCUCCUGGAUGCCUUGGCGGAUCUCCCGGAGUGGUAUGGUGUGAAAGCGAUGCAGGCCAACUGGAUUGGGGAAUGCUCAGGCUGCUAUUUCGACCACGUGCUGAAGUUGGAUGGCAAAGACACAGGCGAGGUGCUGGCUGCUUACACGGCUUCCCCUGAAGCUGUGUUUGGAGCAGCGUUUGUCUCCAUCCUGCCUUCUCAUCGACUUUUGCACGGCUCCAGUCCAGUGGGACCUGCCCUGCACAAAGCACUUCAGCCUGGAAGAAACUCACUCAGUGAGGUCACUGCACUUAACAAGUUCACCGGACGUGAGGUUCCAGUUGUCGUCUCUGCUAAGACUGAGUUUCUGGGACAUCUCGACACUGUGAUAGGGAUCCCUGACAGCAGUGAGGAGGAUGUGUGUGUGGCGCAGGAGCUUGGUGUGAGAUGGGAAUCAGUAGUGAAGACUGAAGGAGAUGGAAGUCAAACUCUAAUCAACUCUGUUGAGUUCACAGGUCAGACCCGAGAGGAGGCCUUCAACUCAAUUACCCAGAAGGCCCAGGAAAGAAAAGUGGGUGGUUAUCUCACGAGUUCAAAGCUGAGGGACUGGUUGAUCUCAAGGCAACGAUACUGGGGUACACCCAUACCCAUAGUGCAUUGCAGCUCUUGUGGUCCUGUGCCUGUUCCUAUGGAGGAGCUACCAGUCAUGCUACCUAAACUGGCUUCGCUUACAGGGAAAGGGGCUUCGCCCUUGCAGUCUGCCCAGGAAUGGGUCAACUGCUCUUGUCCCAGGUGUAAAGGUCCUGCUCGGAGAGAGACAGACACUAUGGACACUUUUGUGGAUUCUGCCUGGUACUAUUUCAGAUACACAGACCCACACAACUCGGAGAGGCCUUUUGAUCGUUCUCUGGCUGACCACUGGAUGCCUGUGGAUGUGUAUAUAGGAGGAAAAGAGCAUGCGGUCAUGCACCUGUACUAUGCCCGUUUCCUCAGUCACUUCUGCCAGGACCAGGGCUUGGUCUCACACAGGGAACCUUUUAAGAAGCUGCUGGUGCAGGGCCUUAUUAAGGGUCAGACCUUUCGAGUGGCUGAGAGCGGGCAGUAUCUGAAGAAGGAGGAUAUUGAUUUCACAGUCUCUGAGCCUGUCCAGCGAGAAAGCGGGAAGCAGCUGCAGGUGAGCUGGGAGAAGAUGAGUAAGUCCAAACACAACGGUAUAGACCCUGAGGAAGUGGUGCAGCAGUAUGGAAUCGACACCGUGCGCCUCUACAUCCUCUACGCCGCUCCACCCGAGCAGGACAUCCUGUGGGACGUGAAGACUGAUGCUCUCCCGGGUGUGCUGCGUUGGCAGUCUCGCCUCUGGGGGCUUGUCACUAAACUGAGAGAGGCUCGUGAUGGCAGCGACACCCCCAACCCCUCAAUCCUCAACAAGAAAGAGUGCUUAGAGGCCCGGAAGAUCUGGGAAAACAAAAAUCAAGCCAUUGUGCAGGUCACCUCUCAUUUGACAGAAGACUUCCUGUUGAACGCGGCAAUCUCACGGAUGAUGGGCCUCACCAACACACUUUCCCAAGCGUCUCCUCGUGUGGUUCUACACAGUGUGGAAUUUGAGCAGGCUCUAGUCUCGCUGUGUGUGAUGGCUGCACCCAUGGCCCCUCACUUGACCUCUGAGCUUUGGGCAGGGUUGUCUCAGGUGAGAAACCCUCUCAAUCCUGAACUCUUUGGGAGUGGAGAUGUGCUGCAGCAGCGCUGGCCCACUGUGGACCCGGAGUACCUGCAGACUCCUGAUACAGUCGAGGUGUCUGUACGGAUUAACAAUAAGGCAUGUGGGAGUGUAACUGUACCUCGCCAGGUGGCUCAGGAUGCUGAGAAGGUGCGAGAGCUAAUACUGGGCAGCCCAUUGGGCAUGAAGCUCCUUGCUGACCGUGUCGUUAAGAAAGCCAUCCUCUCUCCCAGGACUGCUCUUAUCAACUUCCUGGUUGAGGAAUGAAUUGUGUGAGAGAGAGAGAGAUCAUUGUGCUGUUCCAGUAUCUAAAUGGCGAAGUGAGCUGUUAUUAAAGAUCUCUACAUACAGUUAGGACACCGGACCUAUGCACUUUGACAGAAGAUUGGAUGGAUGCAGCCAUCUGUUUUUAAAUUAUAAACAAUGACUAAAGACUUUUUUUUUUUUUAAGAAUUAUCCUCUUGAUCUGAUAAUCUCCUGUUGAAUGAAAAAAAAAUGUCUGUUAAGUUGAUGAUGGAGAUUAAAUUUCCACCCAUUAUUCCCCUUUCCCUUUGUUCUCCUCUAUUUUCAUCAGUAACCAAGAGAUUUUGUCUAGCCAAGAUAUAGUCACACAUGCCGCCCGAUGAAGGAUGUCUAAUGGAACUGUUAAUCCCGAACAUAUACCCAACCUUCCCACAAUCCCAUCUUUUCUUGAUAACAGAGAGAUAGAGAUGGAGAGGCUACUGUGCUCUUAGAAUCCUGUCAGUGCUUGUGACUAGAGCCAAUGACAACUGAGCUCUAGGUGACUCAUUCUGUCCUCUUUGGAUCAGUGAGUUAUAUUUGGUAGGUCUAGACUUGUUCUUUCCCCUUAUGCUCUUUCAAAAAGAUGAAUACUGAACUGACUGGUGGGUUUUCUCAAACAGAAAAGAAUAAGAGCUGAUUCAGUUGAUCUUGUACUGUAGCCUAGAAGCCUGUGUUAAGGAGUCACUUUUGAAAUCCUCACAAUCUUUAAUGUUAUUUUAACCUUUACCGGCCUGUUUGAAACUUUGCUUUAUUAGCAUAUAAGUAGUUAUACAAAAUGUCAUAAUGUUUAGAUACCUUUUUUAAUCAGGAGAACCAGUCUGAACCCAAUUUAUGUGAGUUAUGUGUCAAAUUAUAGUGAUGUGAAUCUGUGCGUCAUAUUACUUCAAACCCCUAUUGAAUUUUUUUCCUCAGUAUCAUCCACCACAUGGGCCACAUUUGCACAGCAGAUAUUUAAAUAGACCGAUGAUGCUGGCUUGCAGGUCACCUAGGUUCCUGUUUGUGUACUUUGUGAAAGUGCAUCAGCAGUUCUUUUUGGAGAAAGAACAGUCAUCACAUUGUAGCAGCAAUUUAACACUGUGUCCCCAUCUUCCCCUUCCUGUUGGCUCCAGUGGGCAUUACCACCAUGCCGAAUGGGAGACAGCCGUCUCUCCUGAGUGUCCUGAGUAACUUCAGCCACAGAAUCGUAAAGUGAUUUAGUCAGCCUUUGAGCAACAAAAGAAGAGCAAAAUCUGAGUAAAGGCAUAAAGCCCUUCUUUCAUGUUGCCUGAGGAGCUAGGCCUCCUGGGUAUUGGAGUCCUGGGGGUGUUUCAGAAUCAAACAGUAGUUCUAUUGUUUGGGUUUAUUCCUUAACACAGCCAGAUGUCAUUCUCAAACCGUGCGUUAUUUAUACUGACAAUCCGAUCUACAUGCUCGCAAAACUAUUCCUUUCUCUGUGUGACCUGGGCACAUGAAAACAUCAUAGUGACACUCUGAUUUAAUGUAACUAUAUUACACAAUAAAUAUAUAUUGAUAGAUAGAUAAAUAAAUGCAGUAAAUAAUAAUAGAAUAUAAAUAAUACUGCCACAUUUCCUUUUUCCGUCAUAUCUGCUGACUCAUGCAUUUCAGUACUCUGAGCAGACAGGACAUCUGAAAUGACCAAUGUCCAACCCUGCUAUUUUUAUAUUAAUGUAUUCAUGCUCCCGUGUUGAAUGUUUUCACUUUCAUUUCGGCAAAGGAAGAAUUUUCUUCAACCCUUUUCACCUUUUGCAUGUGCCCCAUGAAUCUCAAGGUCUUAUUUUAGUCUCCGUUUAUCCUGUGUUCAUGAACUUUGACUUGAAGCAGGAGUCUAGUUUCUUUGGAAGUUCCAGUUCAUAUCACAGUAAUUUCAGUAUUUUAAAGGGGCAAGGUUUAAAUUAGGUAUCUGCUUCAUUUACAUCAUCCUAAACUGGGAUUUAGCUUAGUACUUGGGUAUCUUAGUGCACUCAUGGAAACUCACAGUUUGGAAACUGUAUAGUUUUAUGACCUCUAUUAGUUGUGUAACAUAUGUGCUGUUUUUAACUUUUAAUUAUUAAAUGUAGUGGUUGCUUUGAAGAAAUGCAUAUCACAGUUUUAAACAAAAAAUAUUUCUCUUAAAAAUGAUUACUUUCAUUGUUGUGCUAUAAAGCCGUGCUACCAUUUUAUAUUUCCAUCAAAUUAUCCUCUACCCAGACACCAAAGGUGUUUACACAAAGUAAAGGAUUUUCACUUGACUAAUUACUACAGUCUUUGAGUUGAAGAAGGCAUGUGACAACAGGAAUUUUGAAUCUAUUCAAAGCAGUGAAAUUGCAUGACUGGGUUUUAAGAUCACUGUUAUGUCUUUGGGUUUAGGCAAUAUUUUGACAAGGAGCAAUUAUGUAACUAAUUGUACAGGUCACACUCUGUUUUUCCAGAUGCUGCUGGUUCAUGAUAACACCUGUGCUAAUUGGAUUCCAUAACUAUAUUAUAGAGAUAUUUUUGUCUAGAAAGCAAAUUGAAAUCAUUUUUUAAUGAUACAUACAAAAUAUGUUUAGCAGCCUUAUUUAUUUGUUUGAGAGGAAAAUAGUUUCCCUAAUCGUUUCCACUGGCUCUCUGUCCAUCUCUUGUGUUUCACAUUAACACCCACAAGACCUGCUGUUAUUGAUUUCUCUUUGGAAUGUCCGAAAUCAGGACAACACUGUGAUAGAAAAUCAAGAUGUUAACAAAAGGAAAUAUAUAUACAAAUGUAACCGUUAAGAUAUAACCAGAAAGAAGCUACAGAAUACACAUAUACAGUUUGGAGUAGCAAAUUAAGUGUAGAUUUUAUAAAAUAUACCUAAAUGAAUUAACUUAAUAAUGGCUGCAUUAAAGCUUUAUCUUUAUACUCUUAUAUGUUCAAUCUGAAGAGGAUCGCUGAGUGUAUAAUUGUUUGGUCCGGCUAGUGUGUUAGGCCACUUGAGAGUGUGUUUUUUUUAAUCAUGGUCCACGCAUUCCACGCCUUCACUCUGCAGAUAGUGUAGCUGUGGUGGAAUGUGUGGCUUGCAGCUGGAGCGGUGUGUGUUUUCUCACACAUGGCACACAGUGCUGGGGUGAAACCAGGGACACAUGAACCGAAGCUGUUAUUUGCCACCUGCCUCUCCUAAUCAUGCAGAUCUCCACUGUUUUAUUUUAUUUCUAUCCAUUCUUUUUCAUUUACAGUUGUUUUUCUCUUGUGCCUGGCUUUGCAGUGAGAUAUGUAACCUUAGCGGUUCUUAUAAUUUAACUCAUUUUACUUGAUCAAGCAAGUUUUAUAAAACAUUUAAGGUAUCGCUCAGUAGUUUUGCAACAGUUUAAGCACAUUCAAGAUUCAAGAGUUUAUUGACAUAUGUACAGGAAACAGUGUGUUACAUCAUACAAUGAAAUUCUUACUCUGUGUGGCCUCCAUUAAAAAAAAAAAAGCAGUAAUACCUUGAAGUCUUUAUAGUUUUCAGGCUCCUUGAAUAAAGGACAGGGCAGGGCUGUUUUACGCAGUCACUAAGUCAUGGCUUGUCUACAGCUUUUCCCAGAGCUGGGUGUGGGGGCGAGGCAAGGAUUAUUACAAUGGAGUCACAUCUAUGUUGGGUAAUUUGGGUGUUGCAGGCCGCCUACACUGAUACUUUAUUGCUUAAUGAGAUGGUAUAAUAAGAAAACUGCCAGCAAAUGGCACUAAAUAAGUGAAAUGUGUCACCAUGUCUUAUGUAUGCACGUGAACCUGAACUAAAUCAGUAUUAUGCUCAUAGAAAAUAGCUCACAUUGCUUAUGUAAUGCAUUUUUAAGUGUAGGCUAAUAGCAGUAUUUAAUGUGAAGUGUACAUUUUUACUAGAUGAGAUCUUCACUCUACAGUGAAGGCAAGGUAUUUUUUAACAAAGCAAAAAGGAACCACACAAUGAACAAAUUUGGGCUUUACAGUGUAAAUAGCAUAAAUAGCUGAAAGGGUUGAAAUGUAAUCUGAUUGUAUAUUAAAAAGAAUCCUAUUAUCCUUUGAUUUGACCUAUUAUGAAUUUAUUUAUUUAUCAAAAUGUGUUACUUAAAAAUAAAGGAUUUUAAAUAAAAGUUAUUCAUUUA